AUGGAGUUUGAUACCAAGACACCAAAGUCGGUCACCAACGACCCCACGUCCUUUGCCAGCGACUCGGUUCGCAUGCGAUGGCCCAUCAUUCUCACUGGGGCUGUGGAUGACGUCUACAAGACCAUUUCUGCCACGGACGACGCCGAGAAGCAGGCCGAGGGCAAGAAGAUUAUCGAGCAGCUGGGCGCCCUCAAGUAUGAGAUGCUGCACGACCGCCAGAUGACGCCUCUGGUCGAGGACGGCUUCUCAGACGAGACGGCCGCCUACAACCAGGAGCUGGAGCAGCUGGGUAACCCAACCUGGUUCCAAGUCCCCUGGCUGUUUGCCGAAUGCUACAUGUACCGACGCCUCAACACAUUCUUCACCACGACCCAGCACUGGAAAUCAUACGACCUCUUUGCCCGUCAGAAGAUCGACAGCUUCCGGACCUCUCGCAAUGCCGUCGCAGAGCUGGCCGCCAGAUAUGAAGAUAUCGUUACAAAGAUUCGCGCUGAUAAGAACAUCACUCAUGACUCCGAGGCCGAAAAGAUUCUCUUCGUGGAAAUGUGCGAGGUCUGCCUCUGGGGAAAUGCCACCGAUUUGUCGCUACUCACCACCAUGACCUACGAGGAUAUCCAGAGGCUUCAGGGCAGCGAAGCCAGAAAGGCCGCCGAGAAGAAUAUCCUCGUCAACAAACUCCCCCAAGCUUAUGAUCUGCUCAACAAGGCUCGGGCCGAGGGCAAGAAGGAGCGUCGCGUGGACUUUGUUCUUGAUAAUUCUGGCUUCGAGCUCUACGUCGAUCUGGUGCUGGCUGGCUACCUUCUCAACACGGGCCUUGCUACUCACGUUGUGCUUCGCCCCAAGUCAAUCCCCUGGUUUGUCUCCGAUGUUCUGCCCGCAGACUUUGCUGCCCUCCUGAGCGCUCUCGCCAACCCCAAAAAAUUCUUCGAGGCUCCGACGGAAGAAGAGACGGUGGCAGAAAAGACCCCCGCACCUCUGUCAGAGAAGGAGGCCCAAAGUCUGUCGUUCGUCUUCCAGGAUUGGGCGACUCAGCAUGGUGAGGGCCAGCUGGCUAUCCGGCCCAACAGGUACUGGACUGCCGGUGGCUCUUUCUGGCGACUUCCCCACGAGGCCCCUGAGCUAUACGAAGAUCUGAAGCAGGCUGAGCUUGUCAUCUUCAAGGGUGACUUGAACUACCGAAAGCUGACUGGUGAUGCUUGCUGGGACCCUACCACUCCUUUCACAGAGGCCCUCGGCUCUCUGGGCGCUGGCUCAGGCGUCAACGUCAUGUCUCUACGAACCUGCAAGGCCGACGUCGUUGUUGAUCUUCCCGCUGGGAAAGAUGAAGAGUUGAGAGCCCUCGAGGGCGGAGGCGGUGAUUCUGGCGCCAGAAAAUGGGCAUGGAGCGGCAAGUGGGCGGUUGUUUCUUUGUCUGAAGGCAAAUGA